UCCUUGCCUCGAAGACUCCUUAAGUCGGCAACUCGGCUUAACUUCAGGAAGCAUCUCUAGUGUUAAUUUCUCAAAAUGUCUGGUGAAGAGGAAGAAAAUGCUGCAGAACUCAAAAUUGGAGAUGAAUUUUUAAAGGCCAAGUGUUUAAUGAAUUGUGAAGUUGCACUUAUCCUUGAUCGGAAAUAUGAGCAGCUUCAGCAAAUGUCUGAUGAUCCUACAAAUCAAAUUUCUCAAGUAUUUGAAAAGUCAUUGCAGUAUGUGAAGCGCUUUAGCCGCUACAAAAAUCCUGAUGCUGUUAGGCAGGUUCGAGAAAUCCUUAGUAGAUACCAGUUGGCUGAGUUUGAGCUCUGUGUCCUUGGCAACCUUUACCCGGAAACUGUGGAGGAAGCUAUAGCUAUGGUGCCAUCUAUUAAGACCAGAGGACGAGGGCUCGAUGAUGAGGCAAUUGAAAAGAUGUUAAAUGACCUCUCUUUGAUUAAGAAAUUUGAGUAAUAGCCUCCCAAAUUUCUUCUACCAUCGUGGCCAUGUGGUAAAGAUACCACAUUAAUCUAACUUGCUGUAAACUUGUGUUCAUCUUAUCCACCAGUAUUUAGAGGAAUUGGUGUACCGUUAACAUAUCAAGAUGUCAGUAUUCUUCAACUGAUGGUCCCAGGUCAAGCACAUACCAUUGCCAGUGUAAAUUGGGUAUUGCAGAUCUUAAUGAGCCAAUGUCAUAUGGAAGCAUAGGAUUUUGAUCAAA